AUGGCUCUCAACAACCUCACCACUCACAACAUUCUCAACCUCCUCAUCCCAAUCCUUCCAACAACAAACUCCUCACUUUUCCCAACAUCAAACACCCAUCCCCAUUAUCCUGAACAACAAACUUAUAACCCUCAUUUUUCUCAACUACAAACUCUUGCCCCUUAUUUUUACCAAAAUCAAAUCCAAUACCCUUAUUUUCCAACCAUUACAUCAGAUGCAACACAGCAAAAUCCUCCAACAACAGAGACCGAACAACAAUAUGGUUUUAGUCAUCGUGCUCCGCGACCGCUUAUUGUUUUACCGGUAUUCGUUUCGGACCAGAUCAUCAGCAUUAAAUAG